AAAAUGCAGUGGAUCCCAAUGCAUCGCCACCAUUAGACAGUCGGUAGUUUGUCCAUUCGCAGGUGAACGCUUCGAGAAUCGCGCAACAAGAUGAAACUGAUGCUAGUCGUUGGAUUUAUGGCCCUGAUCGCCCUGGCCACCGCCCGUCCCCAGAAUGAUGUGGAGGUGCUGGAGUACGAGUCGGAAAACAUUGGCAUUGGCGGCUACAAGUUCAGUUACAAGCUCAGCGACGGCACCACCCGCUCCGAGGAGGGUACGGUCAACAAUGCUGGCACCGAGAACGAAUCCAUCUCCAUCCGCGGGUCAGUCAGUUGGGUGGCACCGGACGGUCAGACAUACACCAUCAACUUUGUGGCCGAUGAGAAUGGCUUCCAGCCGGAAGGUGCUCACCUACCCAAAUAGGAUGAUUAUUCCCCCUGGAAGAUGAUCCUGUAAAUACACCAUCCCCCAUCAUGCAUUCUGCAUCCUGUAUCCAAUUUCCACCUGCUUUCCGCCACCACCACGCCGUAGCCUUAGGACGAGAAUGAGGGAGGUGCUGUGCUGUGCUGUGCCAGUUUCCUCAGUUAGUAAGUCGAUCAGUCAGUCAAGUCAGUGUCGUGCAUUGUUUUUUUUCUUAUUUGUUACUCGCAUUAAAGCCGAACUUUCGAUUUUCGAAA